AAAUGACAAGCGGCAAAUGGCCAUGGCGUCUCUCGUCUCCCCGUCGUACCGUUUCACUCUCAGUCCCUCCCUCACUCCGUUCCGUUCACUCCCGAGCCGAGUCAGGGCCUUCCGGACUCAGACUCGACUUCGCCUUAGCUCAACGAUGAGUCAGGCGCCGCCGCCGCUGCCGGACGCUCCCGCCAGCAGCGGUGACGGUGAGGAGAAUAAGCAAGAGAACGACGUGAUCGUACAGUACGUGGUGCUCCGGCGAGACCUGAUCGGCACGUGGCCGCUCGGAAGCUUGGUGACGCAGGGCUGCCACGCCUCCGUCUCCGCCGUCUGGGAGCACCGGGACGAUCCCCUCACCGUAGAGUACUGUAGCCCCGACAAAAUCGAUUCUAUGCACAAGGUUACUCUUGAGGUAAAAGGGGAACCCCAGAUCCUGAACUUAGCGGAAAAGCUCAAAGCCGGCGGCAUCGCUCAUAAGUUGUGGAUUGAACAGCCUGAGAACAUCCCAACAUGUCUCGCCACAAAGCCUUACGCCAAGUCAACUGUGUCAUCGUACUUUAAGAAGUUAAAACUCUGCAAGUGAGUCCGUUCCACAUUUUCCUUUUCUGGGCUGUGGUAUUGGUAGCUGUCCUCGAACUCGUCAGUCGAGAUUCUCAGAAUUGCAUUGCACCCUGAAACAACACCAAAUUGAACACGAUACAUUGGGAAGAUGUCGAAUGGACAUCCCCUUUAUCUUGAUAGUCCUGGUCUGCCAUUCGCAUUGGUUCAGUUUCGAGUUUUCCUAAACUUACAGUUAGUCUGCUGAAAUAGAUGAGUUCUUGAAAAUUAUGUUACAGAUGGAGAGGUUUUGGCUUGUCCCCCGGUGUGUUCUCGCAGAGGCCAUCUCUUCUUGCAGUAACAUAUGAACUCUCCAGUUUGUCCACUGCAGAGGCAUUGCGUCUCGCUUGAUGUUGUCCGAAUCAAUCUUGCUCCCGUUCGUUUAACAUCUACGAGGUCAGAGAUCAAAGAGAUGUGAUCGGAACCUCAUCAUCGCCGGGGUACCUAACAGGAUUCCAAAGAAGGAUGCUAUUAGGGAUGCAUCGCGUGUAUGUUGAUAGUCCCUUUGCCGAAAUAAGUACAAUCCACACAUCGUCGAGUAAAGAGGAAAGACAAAAAUUAAAGGUGAAAAGGACAUAAUAUCAAUAUUUGUGCGGGUAUGAGAGAAAGGUUUGACCUUCCGAAAAUUAGGGAUGACGGGCUUUAACCGUGACAUGUUCGUCAUUAGAUCAGACCAAUUGCGUCAGUUUUUUUUUGCAACUUUUUUCUUGGGGUUGCAAAUUCGUCCAUUCAAUAUAUGUCUAUUUGGUA